AUGACAGUGACCUACACCUACCGUGUAGCUGAUGCACACCUAGGCACCUUUUCACAGCUCCUGCUCCGAUGGAAAGGGAGCAUCUACAAACUCCUCUAUUGCGAGUUCUUAAUCUUUAUCUCUUUCUACUUCGGCAUCAGCAUUGUCUACAGGUUUAUUCUGCGUGAGAGCCAAAGACAGAUGUUUGAGAAGCUGGCUCUGUACUGCAAUAAUUAUGCUGAACUGAUCCCCGUGUCUUUUGUGCUAGGCUUUUACGUUACCUUGGUGGUGUCUCGCUGGUGGGGGCAAUAUGAGAGCAUCCCUUGGCCUGAUCGCAUUAUGAACCUGAUCUCAAGUAGCGUGGAAGGGAAGGAUGAGUAUGGGCGCCUCCUACGACGCACCUUGGUACGCUACAUCAAUCUGCUGAGUGUGCUGAUCUUGCGCUCUGUGAGCACUGCCGUCUUCAAGAGAUUCCCAAGCAUAGAACAUGUUGUGAGAGCAGGACUGAUGACUCCAGAAGAGCACAAGAAAUAUGAUAGCUUGUCCUCACCCCAUAACAAGUUCUGGAUCCCCUGUGUGUGGUUCUCAAAUCUGGCGGUGAAGGCACGCAACGAUGGCCGUAUCCGUGACAGUGUGCUGCUCCAAGCCAUCUUGAACGAAAUGAACACUUUGCGCAGCCAGUGUGGGCGACUCUAUGGAUACGACUGGAUCAGCAUUCCUUUGGUGUACACUCAGGUGGUAACCGUGGCUGUUUACAGCUUCUUCUUGUCUUGUCUGGUUGGCCGGCAGUUCCUGGACCCAGCAAAGGCAUAUCCUGGCCAUGAGAUGGACCUCUUUGUACCGAUCUUCACCUUCCUACAAUUUUUCUUCUACGCUGGAUGGCUAAAGGUUGCUGAGCAGCUCAUUAAUCCAUUUGGGGAGGAUGAUGACGACUUUGAAACCAACUGGCUCAUUGACAGGAAUCUGCAAGUCUCUCUUAUGGCUGUGGAUGAAAUGCACCAGGAUUUGCCAGCUCUGCAGAAAGAUCCAUACUGGAAUGAACCAGACCCCCAGCCACCCUACACAGCAGCUACUGCAGAAUAUAAGCGGCCAUCUUUCCUUGGCUCAACCUUUGACAUCAGCAUGCAGAAAGAAGAGAUGGAAUUCCAACCCCUGGAAAAGAUUAAAGAAAAUGAGGAAGCAAACCAUUCAACGCCACUGUUGGGGCACAUAAGCCGCUUCCUGAGUGUCCAAUCCCCGAGUUUCACCAGAGCAUCGUCAAGAAUGAAUCUGAUGCGUCGGAGGAAUGAAAAUGUGCCUCCUUCCCCUUAUUAUGUUUAUCCAGAUGGGAAAUCUGGGAGCCCUACUAGUAUUAAUCCUCAAAAGUUUAACCCAGGUUUCAGUUCACAGGAUCCAUGGGACAAUGAAGACAGCAAACUAAGAGAAUUUGAUGCCUUCAUGUCAACUCCGUUCUAUGAGAGGCCUGGUUUCUACAGUGCGCCACAAACACCCAUCAGCUCCAUUCCAAUGAUCUUCCCAUCCAGACGUCUAGGCCGCAAGAAGCCUCCUGCCCUCUCCAGUAUUGUUGCCUGCUCUUUGAGGGACAACUCUGCCAGCCAGUCUCCUUGUAAGGCUAGUGAUAAGGAUAGAAGUCAGACCUCUCUUGGUUCAGGACCUAAAGAAACUUCUGCUUGGCCAGCAGAAAAAAGCCAAAUACCAGACACACUAGCAGUGACGGUAGAAGAGGAGGAAAAAUCAACAAGCCAUAAAUUCAAAGACGUUGUUCCUCUUGGAAGCCCAGGGGCCCUGUCCUCAAGGGACUCAGGAAGUCCCAGUUUUCAUUUCUUUCCUGACUCCCCAGACCCUGAGUGGCAAGCUAACAGCAAGAACAGCAUGAAAGCCUACCAUCAUCCAUGGCUGACUCCAGAUAACACAGCAACUCCAAAUCCAGAUCACCCUACCUCCCUUCAUAUCAGUGGCAUCAGGACCCCUAGCAGCAAUGGCCCUAACUUCUUUUCAUUCACACCUUUGACAUCCCCAGUGCUUGAGAGAUCCCAUCUGAACAAGGCAAAAGCUGCCAUGGGGCCUAGCUCAGAUAACACUCCUGGAAUUCCUGAGCAAGAUCCUGCAAUGGUUUCUGGGCAUGCAAAAGACAUAGGAAGUGGAGGCACCAAUGUUCAUCUCACUAAAGAUCAGAGAAAGGUAGCCAGCUCUUCACCCAAUGAUUCCGGCAUCUCUCUAGCAGAGGGAGACCUUGUAGGAUUAAUGGAGGUGAUAAUGGAAACCAGCGAAAAUACAGCUGAUGAAGGGAUGAUGGAGAGGGACAACUAA